AUGCUCUGGCUCCUGCAUAGCUACAGAGAGUCCUGUACUGUCCUGGACGCUAUGGGGCAGCUGUGUGCCCACAGAGGCCAGAAGCUGUGCUUAGUAGCUCAGUCAUGUCUGAUUCUUGAUGACCCUGUGGACUGUAGCCCACCAGACUCCUCUGUCCAUGGAAUUCUCCAGGCCAGAACACUGGAGUUGGUUGCCAUUCCCUUCUUCCAGGGGCUCUUCCCCACCCAGGGAUCGAACCAUGGUCUCUGGCAUUACAGGCGGAUUCUUUACCAUCUGAGCCACCAGGGAAGCCCUCAGGGGAAAAAGCAAAGAAACGAAAGAGCUUUUCUUGACUCUGCUGGGGUCUUUGUGCUCAGGGCCCCCUGA